ACUAUAGACACAACUAGGAAUGAACAUAUUGUACAUUACCUACGUAAAAUAAAUAAAUAAAAUAUGGAGGGGGCGGUAAAAACAACAACUAAAUACUCAAUUAGUCUUUACUAGCGGAGUUUAUUUUGCCAUCAGUGUUCCGCAUACAAAAAAGUGUACACCUGUAAUCGCGUUCAAUUCAGAUUCAGGCUUCGUGUGCACUGAAAUUGUCACCACGUUGUUCUUGUCUCGAGCUACUUGCCCAGAAGACGAAGGUGUCUGCGACGGCUUCUAUAGGCCUACAGUUGAAUUCUGCGGAAAGGAGAGGAGCACAACAUGUUUAGAACGUACAGUAGUACUGUUAGUAAGUAGCCAUUGGUCUGCAUGACAAUUAUUUGAGUAAAUUAUCUUAACUAAACCUCUGGCUGGCUAGUAAAGCUAUAGCCUACAUGGUGCUUGUUUUAGGACAGCCCAACCGUUUUGGUCUUUUCGGGCAUUGUAUGCUUUCCAGCGUAUUUUCUUGCUGCAAAAGGUCCCUCAAACUGACGUGAUGAUGGGAACAGUCUCCGGCAGAAGAAUUUGACAAAAGACAUUGACAAAAUAAUUGUGGACCAAGUAUCCAGUGAAAGUCUCAUCCCUCAAUGGAAAAAACUCCAAGCCAAGACACAGAGGAUAAUCCUUAUCUAUGUUUCCAAAGAACCCCUUCCCUAAGACGCAAAUGGAGGAAACGGUAUGGAGGUUUGGAUGGCAACAAAUUACUGGAGCCAAAUAAGGAGGAGGACAUGAGAGAAAAUGACUUGAUGACAGAGGCCCAUGAAGAAAGGAAUCCUUUGCCAGUGAAAGGGGCUGAAAGCCAGGAUACGGCUUCAUCAGGGAAUGUUCCAUGUCCCAUGCCAAGAAAUUCCUUUCAGUCCCAGUCUCAGAGACCUGUCAACUUAGUGAGCCCUGGAUCAACAGGCCUCCCAUCAUUGGUUAGUAAUGGAGCUCUGAAGCCCCCUCUGCCCCAGGCAGAACAGGAGAGGCCUGUCACCACAUCUCCCCAGCCCUGGCUCAGUGUGGGCAGGACAGAGAACACGCAGGGACACUCAAAGAGGAGGGCGGCUGCUGAUGUUCUCUUUGACAGCUUUGCCUCUGAUGGGAGAGUCGGCAUGAACCAUUUUUUUGAGACAGUGUGGAGCUCAGGCCUACACAGAUCCGACCCCAGAAUCAAGGACUGCUACUUUCAUAUGAGGAAACUGCAGGAUGAGGAUGGAACAGUAGACAGGAACACCUUUCAGAGGUGUGUUACAGGUUUUGUGUCCCUCAUUCUGAAAGCUCUACAGGGAAGGUUUGUCAUCCCUGACUUUUCCACCUUCACCGACGAAACUCAAAAGUUGUUCAUGAAAUGUAAACAGCUGUCUUCAGUCAAGGAGAAGGAUAGUAGAGACAGUGCAAAAUGGGGAGUCUCAGUCUGUACGGUUGAUGGUCAGAGGCUGUCUUUAGGCGACUGGGCCGAAUCCUGUGUUCUGGGGGAAGUAUCCUGGCCUCUGGUUUAUGGCAUUGCAAUAGACCAGCUCGGAGUGGACAACGUGCACAGAUAUGUGGGCGUGGAGGAGUUCUCAAAAUAUGACUCUCCUUUCACCCUCACCAAACAAGGAGUUCCUCACAGUCCGCUCAUUGAGACAGGCGCCAUUAUUACCACAUCUUUGUUACAGUUGGCUGCCAGUCUUGGUGCAGAGGAGGAGGAAAAGUAUGAAUCUGUCUUGAAUGCUGUCAAAAGACUUUGCAAUAAGGAACAUGCAAACUUAAACUGCACAAGUUACCAGAGCUUGAGAAAGGACAGCAUCAGACUACAUGCCUUAUCUUUUUACCUUCAAGAAAAGAAAUGCUUUCCGGAGACCGUUGACAUAAAUGCCACUUUGGAUUUAAUGCUGCAGUGUGCCUCCACAGAGGUCACGUGCGAAUCAGGAGCAGCCAUGGCAGCCUCUUUAGCCAAUGGGGGACUCUGCCCUCUCUCAGGUGACCAGGUGCUGUCGCCCUCGGCUACAAAGAGUAUGCUCUCCAUGAUGCAAGUGGCGGGAAUGAACGACUACUCCAGAAUAUUCAAUUUUAAGACGUCUGCACCAGCCAAGUCCAGUAAAUCAGGAGUUAUGCUGGCAGUUGUCCCAGGAGUUCUAGGCCUGCUGUGUUGGUCACCUGACCUAGACUCCUUUGGAAACUGCUGGAAGGCUGUGCACUUCUGUGAGGAACUCAUAUCAACAUUCCAGCUACACAGUUUUGACAUUCGAACACCAUUCAGACAGGUGCUUACAUACAGGCAAUGGAAAGCAGAGUCUGAGGGUUAUCAGAUCAUGAACAUCUUACUGGCUGCCUUCAAAGGUGACAUACAAUCCUUGCGAAGGUACUUCCUGUCUGGGGCUGACGUGAAUGCCGUGGACUACGACGGGAGGUCCGCUCUGCAUGUGGCUGCCUCCGAGGGUCACUCUGAGGUCAUUCGGUUCCUGGUGGAGAACACAGGCACCAACUACUCCCUCAAGGACAGAUGGGGUAACACACCCAUGCAGGAGGCUAUGAGACACAGCCAUGGACCUGCAGCCCAACUACUCAAGAAAUAUGAAGAGCAGACAGUGACUCUGUGAGCAGUAAAGGCACAUACAGGAUCAACAGUUGGCGCUAAACAGAAGUUUCUCUCUCAAUUAUUUUCCAAUACAUGUGGAAAUGUGUUGUAAUUCCUAUACGUUAAUAAACUUUCUAUGAUGUAAAACAGG